UGGGUUCCUUUUGAAGGAACUGACUGUGAAGUCAAGUCAAAAUCAAAAUCCAAAUCGAACACAAAACCUCAAACUUAUCAAAUUCUGAUUCACUUUCACUGCUCUGUUUUCCGACAAAGUCAACCAAAAUCAUCAAAGCGCGCGCAGAGGAGAAUGAUGGGUUGGGUGGCGAAUCAACGCAGCAGAAGGUGGAAGACCAAUCCUCGAGUGUUGGGAGUAGCUUUUCUGUGUUGCAUGUGCUUCAUCUUCUUCACUCCCACAAUUCCUCGCUCUCCAACCCGCCACCAGUUCGUUGACAAUCGCAAUCUUCUCGGAGUGCCCAACACGUUGAAUGUGAUGACAAGUUUUCCAUUUUUAGUUGUGGGUGUUCUGGGUUUUGUUCUUGCUCUUGAAGGAGGCGUCUUCAACAUCAGUUCUCAAGGAGAGGUGGUGUCUUGGGCGUUGUUCUAUGCUGGAAUAGCAGGGGUGGCUUUUGGAUCUGCUUAUUACCAUUUGAAGCCUGAUGAUCAUCGUGUGUUGUGGGACACUUUACCGAUGAUGGUGGUCGUCUCCUCUCUUUUGUCUAGUUUGGUUGUUGAAAGAUUGGGCCACAGGAUUGGGUUGUGUUGUAUGUUUGCUCUCUUUGUUGCUGCCUUUCUUUGUGUACUUUAUGAACGAUUUUGUAAUGAUAUUCGGUUCUGCAUGAUCUUCCAGUUUAUUCUGCCUCUAGCUGUUCCAGUAAUAGCAUUUAUGUACCGCUCCAGAUAUACUCACUCCAGAUAUUGGUUUUGGUGUACAGGGAUUUAUCUGCUUGCAAAGUUCGAAGGUGUUACUGACAAAAAAAUGUUCCAUGUAAGUAAGUACGUUAUCAGUGGGCAUUCUUUGGAACACUUGUGCUUAGCGCUGAUUCCAAUUUUUCUCAGCAUAAUGCUCUUUUACAGGGAGCUCAAAUUUCAAAGGUUAGUUGAUCUUAAAGAUCGGCUUUGAAAAGGCAGAGAGAAUCUAUGAUUGUUCAACUGCUCGUAGAUGCCAGAGAUGUUACAGUAAUGAGUAAAAAUGCCUAACGAUUGUGUAAGCCAGCAAACCAAAUGAAGUUCUCUUCCCCCCUUUCAUCACUACUAAUUUUGAAACCCCGGAGCCUUUCCCCAGAAUUGAUUCGGACUUUAAAAUCAAUUGUAGAAAUGUUUCCAAAGAUGUGUCUAAUUAGUUUAGCUGUAUAGUGGAGCCAAAUUCUUUUCUAUUAUAAGAAGGAAUCUCUGUCAACAUCAAACUGCACUUGUCUGGUGAGAAGAUCAUGCAUUUCAGAUUAUAUCAGAUAGGUAUUGCUGAGGACCUCAAGUGACAGACAAAGAGGUUUCUAACUUGAAUUGUUUCUUUCUUUGUCAUUUAUCAUCUCACUUGUCAAUAUUGGAACUACUGUCAGAGCAUAUUGAUCUAUACCAACUUGAGGCAUUGAGAUUUUGUAUGUAACACUAUUGAAUUUUUGUUUUUCUCAAAUUUGUUUUUGUUGGAUGUGAGAAUAACAUACCAUGAUUUACUCAA